AUGGCUUGCACCUCGGUGAAUUUACGUGGAGUGACCUUGUUGCAUCCGUACUCGGAAAAGAAAGAUUGGAAUGCCCAAGUGCUCGUAUUGCGCAGUGAUGUUCAGGUAGCCCGAAGCCUUGAAGGACAGGGCACCGCACCAUUCGUACAUGUUGAUACCGAAAAAGUCUGCUCUUUCGUCUUCGUCUCCGCAAGCAAAGUAGUCGGCCAAGUCGACACGGAUGUCCACGUCAUCGUUGGCAGAAUAACCCACAGGAAUGGAUCUGUAGCCCUUCUCCUUGAUGUAUGCCUUGGUGUCUCUGACGGCAGCCUUGACGUAGGCCGAGGCAUCGGUGUUGGAAACCUCAUUGGUGACUUCAUUUCCGGCGAAGAAACCCAAGACAUUGGUGUAGUUGUGGAACUUGUCGACGACAGAGGUGUAACGUUCGAGCAAAGUGACGUCCCACUUAGGGUCCAGACGGUCGAUCGACAAGUCUGGCUCGGACAAGUCGGCAAUGACGUAGAUUCCGGCGUCGGACAAAGCGUUCAUACAUUCGGUGUGGUCAAGAGAAGUGUUCAACGCGUAGACACGGAUCACGUUGGUCUCCAACUCUUGCAAGUAAGGAAUAUCACGCUUACAUGUCUUUGGGUUGCCCAAAGGAUCAACAAAAGUUUCAUCGGCGGUGGCAUUAGCCGAAUCCGACUGGUAGGCCACACCCCGCAUCAAAAACUGCAGGCCGUUGUUGGAGUAGAAAAACUUGUUGCCCACGAUUUCAAUCGCAGGCAAGUCGGCAACAGCACCCGCCACAAGGGCCGAGGCAAGCAAAGACUUGAACAACAUUGGGAAAAUGGCGAGAAAAUUGUGUUUCUCGCGGUGGGCGUGUAUUUAUGGGAUUGA